AUGAGACGUAUCCGCCAUCCUGAUCCGAGCGGCGGCGCGGCUGUGAAGCACAAGAGGAAUAAUGGUUGCGGAUGCAAUAACGACAACUCCUUUCGGAACAAGAAGAAAACGCUCAGGGACUCCGGCGAGGGUUUCCGCCACAACGCCGCCGUCGCCGUCGAUUCGGAAAAUUUAGUCCGGCGCUACCCCAAACACUCCCCCGAAGAGAAGAUGAAAGGAAUCGCCACGUCGGCGGGGUCGUUGGAAUAUAUCUCCCCGACCGAAAAGCCAAAGAUUCGCCUCGUACGUGGCGAGGAGUGCGGGGCGUCCUAUGAUGUCUGCGCGAUAUGCGGCGACGCGAAGCCGCACGGGGCGAUGUGGCGAGGCGGGGCCCGCUGCCGGCACUCCUACUGCGAGGCCUGCAUCAAGGGAUACGUGGGCGGAAAAGUGAAAGAAAACAUUCACAAGAUUAAAUGCCCGGAAUCGGAUUGCAAGAGGAAUCUGGACUUGAAAUUCUGCCGGGAGUUAUUAGCGGAGUUUAAGGAAGUUGUGGAAACGUGGGUGGAUGCUAAACGGGAGGCGAAGGUUUUGGGGAAUCCGAGGUGGAUAAAGUGCCCGUUUAAAGAAUGCUCCAAAAGGUUCGUGGAUGAUGGGAAGGGGUUCUUGACCACAGCGUGCCCUAAGUGGUGGAGAGUGUUCUGCAUGGGGUGUAAGGUGGAGUGGCAUAUGGGAAUGACCUGUGGGCAGUAUAAUAAGAUGUCAAGAGAGAUUAUAGAUCUCUUAGAAGAUGAUGAAAUUGUUUCCUGGAUUAGUCUCCUCUGA